AUGCGAGAAAUGUUUACUGCACAGGUCUCUCCAGCUGAGUCACUAACCUUUGCCAAAUACGUGAAGUUCGUUGGUGAUGGACCCGGCUCAACAUUACCGCCUUGUCCUGAGCCAAAUGGCACAAUGUUCACAACAAUGACGCCAACUACAACAACCACCACAACCGCGACCUCCCAUGUCACUAGCUGUUCUUCAUCCGCUGUUCCCAGCACUACUACAAAGGCACAAACCCCGUUGCCAUCGUCAUCAGGGACUGGUACAAGUGCGAACACCGGGAGAACGACUCAAAAUUCAGCGAGUACGUCGACUGGGACAACUGGCACAAAUUCUCCGGGAACCUCCGCAACCACGCCAUCUCUGUCGACAGGUACUGCUAAAGCGAUCAUACUGAAUCAAGAGAUUCCAGCAGAACAAGAUGUCGUAAGCUCAACGAGUACUUCUGGAGGUGCUGCCACGGCGACAACAUCAUCGGGUGCAAGUUCUACUGCAACUUCAUCGAGCACGCCUGGCUCAACAACAUCUGGAAGUACCACGACGACUUUUCAAACAACGCCGUCGGCGGAAGGAAGCAGCACUGUGACAUCAAAUGCUUGUGUUGUUCAAGAGCUUACUGGAGAAUCGAAGAAGACACGAUUCAGAAUGCCCACCGUUUACAGUACUCUACCCGAGGAUGAUCCAUUUUACAACUGGAUGAGCUCUAUCUAUGAGUAUAUGAGCAAGGAGAAGGAGAUUUGUGACCAGCCAGCAAUCAAAGAUUUGAAUUCAAUUACGGAAGAUCAACUGUAUGGAUUUCUCGCUACUCUUUCAGCAGUACAUCCAGGCCCGUUCUGUUCUUUAUGCGAUCGUUUCAUGAACGAAGUUCGAGAACGAGUGUUUAUGAUCAAUCCUAUGUGGGGAGUGAGUUGUGCCUUUUUGGCAAAAAAAAUUUAUUGCGAAUGGUGAGC